UGGCCCGGGUCUUAGGCUCCCGCUGCGGAGGCAGGCAGCGACGGCUGGGGUUGCCCAGCUGUUUGAGUGCGGCAAUGAUCCCUCCUCCCAGCUGCGCCUGCCUCAUCUCCCCCCACCCAGCAGCCCUUCCCUCCCCUCCGCCGCUCCCGACGCUGCAGCCGCCACCUCCUACUCUUCUUCCUCCCAACCCCCAGCCUCUCUCGCCCGCUCGGUCUCCAUCUCCUCUCGCUGGCUCUCCCGUUCCCGCCGGCGGCCCUGGCAGAGUAGGCACCGCAAAGCGGAGGCGGGAGGAAUCUCCAUGCAACACCAUGACAGGCAUCGCCGCCGCCUCCUUCUUCUCCAAUACCUGCCGCUUCGGGGGCUGCGGACUUCACUUUCCAACCCUGGUGGAGCUCAUCGAGCACAUCGAGGACAACCAUAUCGAUACGGACCCACGUGUAUUAGAAAAACAAGAAUUACAACAACCCACAUACGUUGCUCUCAGUUACAUUAAUAGGUUUAUGACUGAUGCUGCUCGUCGGGAGCAGGAAUCUCUCAAGAAGAAAAUCCAACCUAAACUGUCCUUGACCUUAUCAAGCUCAGUGUCCCGUGGGAAUGUAUCUACUCCUCCACGUCACAGCAGUGGAAGCCUUACUCCACCCGUCACACCCCCGAUCACCCCUUCCUCCUCAUUUCGUAGUAGCACACCAACAGGUAGUGAAUAUGAUGAAGAAGAAGUAGACUAUGAAGAUUCAGAUAGUGAUGAGUCCUGGACCACAGAAAGUGCUAUCAGUUCUGAGGCUAUCCUAAGUUCUAUGUGUAUGAAUGGAGGAGAUGAGAAACCUUUUGCUUGUCCUGUUCCUGGGUGUAAAAAGCGAUAUAAAAAUGUGAAUGGUAUAAAGUAUCAUGCCAAGAAUGGCCACAGGACACAGAUCCGGGUGCGGAAACCCUUCAAAUGCCGCUGUGGAAAGAGUUACAAGACAGCUCAGGGUCUGCGGCACCACACAAUCAACUUCCACCCACCAGUGUCUGCUGAGAUUAUCAGGAAGAUGCAGCAAUAAGAUGCUGGUCACAAAUGUGCCAAGGAAUACUCACCAGCAGUUGCUGAUUUCGAAGACAGCCACCUUCUCCUGGGAAGCAUUGAGCAACCCUUUGAAGAAAUUAAAUGCAUGCUUUACAUUUCCCCCCCCCCUCCUGUAAUUUUGGAAUGACGUAUCUUUGUAGAGUUAAUGAUUUUGUACAUUUGCACAUGUAAUCAUCAUGCCCAUAUACAUUACUUUAAUAUAAAGGUGCUAAAAGCUACAGAUUUUCUAAAAGUAUUUUUCCGUCCCCCACCCCACCCACCCCACCCACAGGUGAAUUAGGGAACAUUGUAUAUUUAGCUGUUCCACAGUAUUAUACAAGGACAAGGGAGGAAAACUUGGCACUAGGAUAAAUUCCGAGAUUGUAAUGUAUUUGAAGAAAUUCAAUACAUCAGUUCCUAUGUGCUUGCAAAAACCAAAAGAAUUCCCUUUCAUCCACCUGGUUAAUAUGCCUUAUGUAACAGAGAUAUCUGUAGGAUAGUAAGGUUAUAGGUAUUGGAAUUAUAAAUAAGAGAAUGUUUAACAUAUUCGAAGAAUAUUUUCAUAUUCAAAUAACAUACAUAAAAGGUGUGCUUGCUGUAUUUUAUAUUAUCUUGCAAAUUCUUUUAGUCUUUUGAAAUGCUGAAAAUUUUGCAGUGAAUUAGUAGAUCAGUCUACCAUUAAAAUUCCUACUUCUAUCUGUACAGAACUUAUGUUAUUUAAUGUUAACAAUCCACUCAAAUUUCUGAGGACUAUCUUUUCCUGCUCCUGCUAUUGGCCUCUGCUAUCUAUUACUAGCAGAAACUUGGAAAUGAAGUGCAAAUUUUCUGAGAGAAAUUAAUCUUCAUCUUAGAUGGAGUCUUUAAAGCACUUUCUAGUUCUUCAUUGCCAACAAAUUUAAAUGUUUUAUGUUGCCAAUUCUUGCAACUAUCAUUGUUGCAAAUAAAAAAGAGGCAUAUUGUUAAAAGGUACAGUAUUUAUGUUAAGGGAGAUUCUUGUUGUACCUUUGGAUUUUGCAUGUGUGUGUGUACAGAUAGUCCUCGACUUACAACCACAAAUAAGACCAAAGGUUUUGUUGCAAAGCAAGAGAGUUGUUAAGCGAGUUUUUUACGAUCUGGCUUACCAGAGCUAAGUGAAUCACUGAAGUUAUUAAAUUAGUAACAUGGUUGUUAAGUGAACCUGGCUUCCUCAUUGACUGCUUGUCAGGAGGUCACAAGAGGUUAUCACAUGACCUUUGCACACUGCAAUCAUCAAAAAAUAAAGACCAAUUGCCAAGCAUUCAACUUUUGAUCAUGUGACUAUGGGAUGCUGAAAUGGUUGUGUGGAAAACAGUCA